CACGAGCUACCAUCAUCAUUACAUAUCUUCCGUAAUCUUCUAACUCUUGACAUUCCAGACUCAACCGUCUCCAUCACACUCACGUGUCCAGAGUCAACCCCCACGAUCAAUUUUCUUACACAUACAUUCUCUCUCUCCUCCAUCUUCACCUUCCCCUUGUUCCUUCUUCCUCCAGACUCCAUGGCAAACAAAAGUAGAUCGUUUGCGGAAAUGGGGAUACUAUCUCUAUCAAACGAAGACUGCCGAUCCACCGCAAGUCUCGGUGACUAUCUUUCAUUUACAAGCAAAACCGCAAUUGUGGCCGAGUACGAGUUCAUCCACCUAAGUCCUUUCCCUCCAGAAGUGAAGAUGUUAAUAAAAAAUCUUGGCUGUGAAAAGUUCUUUGAUCUCCGGAGUCGAGGAAGCACCAGUUACUGCCCCCAUGUGGUGUGGAAGUUCUACCACAAUCUACAGCUUUCUGGUCCCUGUGAUUAUCAUCUCGUGUCGAUCUUCCUGGGACAUAGAGUCAGCUUUCAGCCUCAUCAAUUUGCUGAGUCCUUGAUCCUCCCGCCGGAGGACACCCCAUUGAGACUAGAAGCGAUCUUGGGCGUUUAUGUUAAGGAGGACCAGUGCGCUUAUUUGCCGGUGUACCGUAUAGUCGAAUUGACCAAUACUUUUAUUGAGAAUCGGCAUACGGAGCAUCAAGAGACCCCUGAGGCCUCCUCAAGCAAAUGUCCUCGGCUUACAUGAGAGUCGAUUGAUGCAGGGCGGGGUGGAGCGUUGGAGCAGCAAAGGGGCCAGCAAUGGAUGUCUUCUGUUAACAAGUUUACUAAGUCUUUGUUGGGUUUUUUUUUCAGUCUUUUGUCUUUUCCUUUAUUUUCCAGCACUCAAAACUGUCAGGUACUGAGGGGAGCCAGUACAUCAUCUGACUAGGAAAGUCUCCUAUUAUUUGAAUUGUCCAAACCUGGAUUUUUCUAUGCAUGCAGUAUUUUUUGAAUUUGUCAUGGCUAAGUUCCCUAAGACAGGUGACGAGAUGCAAUAAUGGCAUCUCCAAUGA